UUAAGAACUUCCAAUAACUACAAUACCAACCCCACAACAAGUUGAAACAAUCCAACCUCCUACAAUUGAACCACCUUCACCCCCACCUCCGGAAACAACAUCUCCACCAUUGUUGAAAAUGGUGGAGAAAAACAGAACCAGUUCCAACACCAAAAACAGAACCAGCAACCAGUUCCAACGCCAACAACAGAACCAAAAACCAGUUCCAACAUCAACAACAGAACCAGCAACCAGUUCUAACGCCAACAACAGAACCAACCACCUUCUCCACCCACCUUCUCCACUCCCUCCGAAAACAACAUCUCCACCAUCCACUACUCUUCCAACACCAACAACGGAAUCAGCUGCUGCUAUUUGUGCUCGUAAUGGACUUCUUCGUUAUCCUCUUCCAGAAUGUUAUACAAAUGAUGAUAAAAUGAUGUGUUGUAAUCCUGAAGUACAUAUUUAA